AGCUUAAUUUCUCUUUUUCCGUGCCACAUAGCAAAGGUAGACGCAGCGAACGACAGCUCCAUUUCGAGAUCUACAUAUUCGAAUUCUCCGAUAGCCGGUCUUCGAUCUCCGUUAUACAGAGAUGGGGCUGUCUUUCACCAAACUCUUUAGUCGCCUCUUUGCUAAGAAAGAAAUGCGUAUUCUCAUGGUUGGUCUCGACGCUGCUGGUAAAACCACAAUUCUCUACAAGCUCAAGUUGGGGGAAAUUGUUACCACUAUACCUACUAUUGGCUUCAACGUGGAAACAGUUGAAUACAAGAACAUCAGCUUUACCGUGUGGGAUGUUGGGGGUCAGGACAAGAUUCGACCUCUAUGGAGGCAUUAUUUCCAGAACACACAAGGCCUCAUCUUUGUGGUUGACAGCAAUGACCGAGACCGUGUAGUUGAGGCUAGGGAUGAGCUUCAUAGGAUGUUAAAUGAGGAUGAACUAAGAGAGGCUGUGUUGCUUGUUUUUGCAAACAAACAAGAUCUUCCAAAUGCAAUGAAUGCGGCUGAAAUCACCGAUAAGCUUGGACUUCAUUCUCUUCGACAGCGGCACUGGUAUAUCCAGAGUACAUGUGCCACUUCUGGAGAAGGGUUAUAUGAGGGACUUGAUUGGCUAUCGAACAAUAUUUCAAACAAGGCUUAGAGCAUCAAUUAGAUUCUGCUCGCGCUGGCUCGCUCGCUCACUUACCUAUAUCUGGAGUAUAGAUGUUAAACACCAUUGCCUUUGCCAUAAUCUCUUAGUUUGGUUGUUUUGGAUAGAAGUGAUUAAGCUCUGAAAAAUACCCUACAUUUCUUUCCUUUUUCUGUUUUUCUUGUUAAUGAAAUCCCAUGGUUAAAAUUACUUGUGGUUGUUGGUUAGUUACUACAGUACUUGCAAUGUAAACAUAUUUGAGUAUAAUAUUGUUUUUUUUUGUA